AUGUCCGACGAAUAUCCUAACAAGCGCCGACGCGGACGCGGCAAAGAGCGUGUGCGAGUAACACGUGCUUGUGACGCAUGCAAGCGGAAGAAGCUGCGCUGUUCUGGAACCCUUCCCUGUUCACUGUGCCUUCGGUCAGGGGCAAAUUGUGAAUAUAAUGCAGACUACACGAGAGGCAAAAAGACCGAAAUUCCCCUCCUGGAGCACCAUGAAAUUGCCAGCUUACAGUCGCCACCAAUAACUGCUAAGUCGGCUACCAACGCUAAGUCUGAGAAAUUGGACAGCAAACAGCAGUCGUCAGGGCGAUCAAUCAUGUCCACAAAAGAAAUAUCUCUACCCACAGCUGCUUCUCCGACGCUUGCUCAUGCUAGAGUUGCAGAUCAGAAUCAUGCACGGUACAGCCUAGAUCAUGAUACCCGACAGCCCAAUCCCCAUCUCGCCGCUCUACAGGGAGAAGAAGGCGAAGAAGCAAUUUCGUCGCGUAACUCUCCAGAGCCAAAUCAAACCGACUUAGAGGGGCACUAUGUUGGACCAUCUUCCGGGGUAUCGUUUUUACUCCGAGUCCAGAAGCGCAUCCACGAGAAUGUGGCCGUUUUCUCGAAUGGGCCCAUCUUCAACUUUGGCGAUGCACCUUUGCUAAAACACGAUUCGCAUUUCUUAGUACUUCCACCAAAAGAUGAAGCUAAGAUUCUUGUAAAUCGAUACUUUGACUUUGCAUUUCCAACCCACCGUUUCCUUCAUCAAGCUACGAUCGAAACAUGGCUCGAUACAUUCUACUCGGAUGUGCAUGGAUCAGAUGAUUCACUUAGCCAGGCAGUCAAGGCUCUGUUGUUGAUGGUCAUGGUUCAGGGGAAACAAUACCUUUCUAACCAUGGUCCAGCUGUUGGUCAGUCUGUCAAGAGUAACGUGUACUUUGCCGCAUCUGAAAAUCAUUUAUUGAAAGAAACUGGGUCAGUAAGGCUUGCAAGCAUUCAAGCCCGCCUAGCACAAUGUUUCUAUCUAUUAUCCGAGUCACGAGUGAACCACUGUUGGAGUCUCUUCGGUACUACUGGACGCCUUGCCCUUGCGAUUGGCCUUCAUAGACGAUGGCGACGUGAAGCUAUAUCCGAUCAUAUUGAAAGUGAAUGUAGGAAGCGGGUCUUCUGGUGUGCAUACAGCUUGGACAUCUACCUCAGUGCGGCACUGGGUCGCCCAAAGAUCUUUCACGAUGAAGAUAUUGACCAAGAUCUACCAGCAUGCGCAAGUGAUCUCCAGAUUACAACAAGUGCCAUUCUGCCAGCCUUUUCUCCUGGGCAAAGCGUAAUGCUAGCGCCUGUAUUUCACGCAAAACUCGUAAGAAUAAUCAGUGGGGUUUUGAAAGAGCUAUAUGGUCUCAAGAAAAAGAACCUCGAGGCCCAAGCAGUCAUCGCACAGAAGUAUGGUGCGAGCCUCGCGGAAUGGCGAAGUGGCAUUGGCCCGUUUCUCGAAACUUCCAACAUCGAACUUCUUCAGCCAACAUACCAGAGACAGUACAACGUCCUCAAUCUAGCAUUUGCUCAUGCAGAGAUUCUACUCUACAGACCAUUCCUGCUGCGAAACCUAGCAUCACUAGGAAGGCGUUCUGGUCACACGCAUUCACAGUUGCAGCAGGAUAUACAAACAAAUGUGGAGAAAUGUCUGCAGGCUGCUUCCACAAUAGCAGGCUUGUUCAAGCAGCUUUGCAGGUCAAAGCGGAUGUAUCGAUCUUUUUGGUUUACGCAUUACUACGUCUUCUGUGCCAUUGUGGUUCUAUACGUCUAUGUGAUUCAGCAUCGUUCCACUCCAGCACAGUAUCUCAGUCAAUAUCUGCAGAUGGGUGAAGAGGCACAAAAGGACCUGGCCGAAUGUGGCAAUCUGGCGUCAUUUCCACAGCGAUACGUCGUGGUGCUUGAAGAGCUACGCAAGGAGGCAUUGCGAUUGACAAACUCUCCACCUACUUUUACUGCCGUUGGUGGAGUUGGGCAUGCAUGUGGAGACCUUGCACAGACUGAUCAUUUCGAGUCGGGCAGCGUGUCUGCGGCACAGGCCACUGACAGUAUGAGGAACUAUGAGCAGCCAGCAUCUCCAGAGUGGAUUCCGAAUUUUGUUCAGGAUCCUAGCCCAGCAUCAUAUCUUGCAGAUAUGACAGGGUGGAGCGAGUUUGACUCACUCGUUUUGACCGGCUUAGGUGAAUUGGGUCAUCUCUUCCCGGAUGAUACUGGUCAAUACCAGUGA